AUGGCCUCGCGUGUCCCCCGCCGCAAAGUUGCGAAAUGCAUAUCUGCGACUGAUGACGUGUACAAUCGGGCAAUACUGAUCUUCCGCGAGGCCCUCCUCGAGCGUGUCGCGCACCACGAGGAUGAGGUGUUUGCCGCUCGCGCACGCUUUAAGAUGCAGCGCGAACAGGACAGAGAACACUUCGCACGGGUCCAGCGGAGACGCCUGCGUCUGCAGAGCCACGGCAGCGACCGCCGGGCAGGUGCUGCUGCUGCGGGCGUGGCGGAGCAGGAGCUGUUAGUGGCGGAGGAAGAGUUUCUCGCCGACCAGGAGAAGCUCUCUAUUGAACAUGAGGAAGAAUUGCAGCAGGCAUACCCACUAGCUUUUUUGGACGAUGAUAGCGCAGGGGCAGUUGCCUUCACCCUUUUGCCCACACUUCGCAGCAAGCUUGAGUCUCUCGCGCAGGAGCGCACACUGUGCUACAAGAAGUACCCGAAGGCAGAUGAGGGAACGUCAAAUGCGUCGGGCGGCGCAUUGCGAAAGCCACAGCUCGUUGCUGUGAAGGAGGAGCAGGGGCGUGAUGUGUAUGCUGUGUGUGAAGUUGGCCGGGGUGCGUACAUAGUUCCACCUAUGACGCGUGGACCGAACACGACGGCCGAUGAUGAUGACCGUGGCGAUGGGAACAAUGUUGUGGUGGAGGAAGAAGAAGAGGAACAACAACGACAACAGCAGCAACAAGAAGAGGGAUGUGAAUAUAGUCGGGCGGCACCACCGUGGAUGACGCGAGUUUCUACCCACGGCGCUGCGGAGUUUGUGCGCAUGGCGCUGCUGUGCGACGAGGCGGCUCGUCGCUCGAGGCUUGACGAGAGGCGGCGCUUUCUUGAGUGCUGCGUGGACCCGUCGAGGCCACGAGCUGAGCAGCGCAGUCUACGUCGGCUGCUGCGCCGACUCGGUUCGGAUGAGAAGCACGAGAAGAAGAGAGCAGAGUGGCUCUGGCAUGCGUGGCGGGACGUCAAGAGUUCUCUGGAUGGCAACAGCGGCUGGGACGGAGGCAGCGGCAUGACCAGGAGUAGCAACAGUCCAAUAGAUGCACCGGGAAAUGACGGGAGUGAAGGUGCAACAGCGCCGUUAUCAAACGGGAACGAGGAAGUUGAUUAUGGUGACGAUGAAGGAGAUGAUGGUGUGAAUGUGCGAAGCUCGCUGUUAGAUGAGAGGUUCUCUCCCUCGCGUGCCCUUCGAGAGCAACGGCGAAGACGCAUGGAGUGCAUUGACAGCACCGGUUAUUGUAGCACGCCUAACUGUACGCGUGGUACGCUUCCUGCGGCUGCGCACACUUCUCCACAUGGGCGGAAUGUCUCUUGGUGCUCCUUCGACACUACGCGCUGGGUAACAAUUCCGCUUGGUGAUGGGGACAGCAGCAACGGCAACAGUAGUCGUUUGGAGGCGCUGGCGCAAACAUACAUGUGGCCACGACAUAUCGAGGAGAGCAUCCCACAUGUGCUCUGUGGGGAAGCGGUGCGGAGUGGCAGGCGGUGGCUGUUGUUCCAGCACGACACGCUGAUAACUGGCGCACAGCAGCAAGAAGGGGAAGCAGAGGGAGAAGGUGGCGGUCACACGUCCACUGACGAAGCUCUACGUGAGGAACGAACGGUAGACUCGAACUCCCUGCCUGUUGUUGCGCUCCCGCGGCAGGCGCGGAAGGUGUGGCUGAAGGUGAACACGCUGGGCGACUUUGUCGCCGGCGACGUGCGGUUCUACCAAGGCCACUCGUCGGUGUCUGCAUCGCCGAAUGCACAGAACGUUUCUGUAAAAUCAUAA